CGCCUCGCCGCCUGGGGCUUUAUCCGAGCCGCCUCCCGCCGGCCCCGGCCCCGCCGUGGGCUCCGAAACGACCGGCAUCGCCGAGACCCCCGAGGGCCGCAGGACCAGCCGCCGGAAACGGGCCAAGGUGGAAUACAGAGAAAUGGAUGAGAGCCUUGCUAACCUUUCUGAAGAUGAGUAUUACUCUGAAGAGGAAAGAAAUGCUAAAGCAGAGAAAGAGAAAAAGCUACCGCCUCCCCCUCCCCCCCCACCUCCUGAGGAAGAGAAUGAAAGUGAGCCAGAAGAGCCAUCUGGGCAAGCAGGAGGACUUCAAGACGACAGUUCUGGAGGGUAUGGAGACUGCCAAGCAUCAGGUGUGGAAGGCGCAGCUUUCCAGAGCAGGCUUCCACACGACCGAAUGACAUCACAAGAAGCAGCUUGUUUUCCAGAUAUUAUCAGUGGGCCCCAGCAAACCCAGAAGGUUUUUCUUUACAUCAGAAAUCGAACGUUGCAGCUUUGGCUGGAUAACCCAAAGAUUCAGCUGACCUUUGAGGCUACCCUGCAGCAGUUAGAAGCACCCUAUAAUAGUGAUACGGUACUUGUCCACCGAGUACAUAGCUACCUGGAACGGCAUGGCUUAAUCAAUUUUGGCAUCUACAAAAGAGUGAAGCCCCUACCAACCAAGAAGACUGGCAAGGUCAUCAUAAUUGGUUCUGGAGUUUCUGGGUUGGCAGCAGCUCGGCAGCUCCAGAGCUUUGGAAUGGAUGUCACACUGCUAGAAGCCCGGGAUCGUGUAGGGGGCAGGGUUGCUACUUUUCGCAAAGGAAACUACGUUGCAGAUCUAGGAGCCAUGGUAGUAACAGGACUUGGAGGAAAUCCAAUGGCUGUGGUAAGCAAGCAAGUAAACAUGGAAUUGGCCAAAAUAAAACAAAAAUGUCCACUUUAUGAAGCCAAUGGACAAGCGGUUCCAAAGGAAAAAGAUGAAAUGGUAGAGCAAGAGUUCAACCGUUUGCUAGAAGCUACCUCAUACCUCAGCCACCAGCUGGACUUCAACGUCCUCAACAACAAACCUGUUUCUCUUGGUCAGGCUCUGGAAGUUGUCAUACAAUUACAGGAGAAGCAUGUCAAGGAUGAACAGAUAGAACACUGGAAGAAGAUAGUGAAAACCCAAGAAGAGCUUAAAGAUCUCCUUAAUAAGAUGGUGAACUUGAAGGAGAAAAUAAAAGAGCUUCACCAGCAAUACAAAGAGGCUUCGGAAGUAAAACCACCUCGAGAUAUUACUGCAGAAUUCCUUGUGAAGAGCAAACACAGAGAUCUUACUGCUCUUUGUAAGGAGUAUGACGAGUUAGCUGAAACACAAGUAAAACUGGAAGAGAAGCUCCAGGAACUAGAAGCAAAUCCUCCAAGUGAUGUGUAUUUAUCAUCAAGAGACAGACAGAUUCUCGAUUGGCAUUUUGCAAAUCUUGAGUUUGCAAACGCCACACCGCUUUCCACUUUGUCGCUGAAGCAUUGGGACCAGGAUGAUGAUUUUGAAUUCACAGGCAGUCAUCUGACUGUGAGAAAUGGCUAUUCUUGUGUGCCUGUGGCUCUGGCUGAAGGAUUAGAUAUCAAACUAAAUACAGCCGUUCGGCAGGUUCGCUAUACCGCUUCGGGAUGUGAAGUGAUAGCUGUCAAUACCCGUUCUACUAGCCAGACCUUUAUUUAUAAAUGUGAUGCUGUCUUGUGUACCCUUCCCCUGGGAGUGCUGAAGCAGCAGCCUCCAGCAGUCCAAUUCGUUCCUCCUCUUCCCGAGUGGAAGACUUCAGCUGUACAGAGAAUGGGAUUUGGAAACCUUAACAAGGUUGUUCUAUGUUUUGAUCGUGUGUUUUGGGAUCCGAGUGUUAAUUUGUUCGGCCAUGUUGGCAGCACCACAGCAAGCAGAGGAGAGCUUUUCCUGUUUUGGAAUCUUUACAAAGCACCAAUCCUUCUGGCCUUAGUGGCAGGUGAAGCAGCAGGAAUCAUGGAGAACAUUAGUGAUGAUGUCAUUGUUGGACGCUGCCUCGCUAUCCUCAAGGGUAUUUUUGGCAGCAGUGCUGUCCCUCAGCCCAAAGAGACGGUGGUAUCUCGAUGGCGGGCUGAUCCUUGGGCACGAGGCUCUUACUCCUAUGUAGCAGCUGGUUCUUCAGGAAAUGAUUAUGACUUGAUGGCUCAGCCAAUUACACCUGGCCCAGCCAUUCCAGGAGCUCCUCAGCCAAUUCCUCGUCUCUUCUUUGCUGGAGAACAUACAAUUCGUAAUUACCCAGCGACAGUUCAUGGAGCUCUGCUAAGUGGCCUGAGAGAAGCUGGGCGUAUUGCAGACCAGUUUCUGGGUGCGAUGUACACUCUCCCUCGCCAAGCUACCCCUGUGGCAACUGCACAACAGACUCCUGCUAUGUGAAGAUGCAAAUGCCAGAAACAGUGCAGU